AGAAUAGCGAUUCAUUUAUAACAGCUAAUGUCUUCCCUUUUAUAACAAUAUGUCCUCGUCACUUGACCUGCAAACACUCGAGCAGAACUGCGAGACCCUUUAUAACCCAUCCAGUCCUUCUAGCAGGAUUCAAGCUGAAAGCUUUCUCAACUAUUACUGUCCCACAUUUAGUAUCGAGUCAGGUGCUAAUAGCAACAAUGCGUUAGAUGCCACACACGCCCACAACUCUUGUGCCACCUCACCAAUCGAGUCUGCGUUGUUCUGUCGAAAUAUACUCGAAAAUUCAAAAAACCCCUAUGCCUUGAUGUUUGCGACGACACGUCUCAGAUCACUGGUCGAGAGUCAUUUCACGACCUUCAGUAUAACUGAGCAGCAUGGCCUUCGUACAUUUGUACUCCAAUAUAUCUACCAAAAACCUGAUUUGCCACCAUUUAUUCUUGCUGCACAGGCACAACUUCUUGCAAUCAUAACAAAGUUGGGCUGGCUCCAGAACGAAGGAUUCCGUACGCUCUUAGACAGCGUUCAGCCCUUUUUCCAGCAUGGAGUAGAUCACCGCAUCAUAGGAGUACGUAUACUUGCUGCUAUAGCCACAGAGAUGAAUAUCCUUGGUUCUCAUAAUGUUCUCAAAAACAGAAAAUCAGCUGUGGGCUUCCGGGACACCCAAUUGCUUCCAAUCUUUCAGGUUGCUCUCGACAUGCUUCGAGCUGUGCUUCGGUGCCAACUCUCCGGCACGGAUACCGAAAAAUUGAAGGAAGCAAUACUGAUUUUGAUUAAGGCUUGUCUUGGCUUUGACUUCAUUGGAACAUCCUAUGAAGAAUCAUUAGAUGAUGUCGGAAGUAUUCAAGUCCCAGCUGCCUGGAGAUCGGUCUUUGAAGAGUCAGGGUACCUUGAUAUUCUAUGGGAAUGCUGGAAGGCAUUCUCAGCACCUGUGUCUGCACUAGUAAUGGAGUGUUUAUCCCAGGCAGCCUCAAUUCGUCGCUCUAUUUUUACAGAUGACAAUACUCGACACUCCUAUGUAUGUCAUAUAAUGCGGGAAACAUUGUGGACAAUGAACACCGCUGCGGGCCAAAAUAAACUGCAGGAUGUCGGAAAUUUCCAUGAGUUUUCACGUAUGCUGUCACGUUUCAAGAGCACCUUCCGACUAGCCGAGACUUGCGAUUACUCGGAAGCCGAACAGUGGCUCACAGCAAUUGGGGAGUUCACAGCUCAAGGAUUUCACUCCUGGAAGUGGUCACCAAAUACUAUACCAUAUCUCCUUACAUUCUGGAACAAAACAGUAUCAGGGCUCAGCUCAGCGAAACAAGAAACAGAACGUCUAAUUGAGAGAAUUACUGUCAAAUUAACGAGGGCCUUUCUUAAGUCAUGUUUGGAAUGUGUUUAUGCCGUCAUGGAUGGCGAGGCAGAUGAUCCACUAGAAUCAGAAGAAGCUCUGUUACCCUUACUGGAAAUGUUUGCCGAUAUUGCACGCACAAAGUAUAGUGAAUCAGGUCAGAUCAUCUGCACCGAGUUUAAAGAUCUUUUGCUGAAAUACCAAGAUUUGCUUCAGAGAGCUACUACAGGACCUGGCAACCCGUCGCGGGUACCUGUUUCAAAUGAUAUCAAAGAAAGUCUUAUGGUGGUCCAGCUGCAACUUACGUGGAUAGUCUACAUCAUGGCUGCAUGCAUUGGUGGUAGAGUUAUGUACCAAAGCACGUCCGAACAGGACCAGAUGGAUGGAGAGUUUGCAUGCGAGGUCUUGGGCUUCAUUCAUCAGCUUCGAAUUUCAACGACCCAAAUGCCUUUAUACAUUUCUUCCCCGGAUGCCCAUUUAUAUAUACAGUCCUCUAUCAUAUAUUUCUACAUUCAGUUUCGGAGCUCCUACAUUGAUGAAGAUACAGCAAAAGCUGGUAAAGUGUAUAUACAAUUGGCAGCACGAUGGGGUCUAAACACCCCAAGCCAAGUUCUCAACGUAAUCAUGAAUUCAUCUCUUGGCAAUCUUCGGUCAAGCGGUAACCCUGCCUGGAGGAAACAAGAGGACCAGCUUGUUUUUCGGACCCUCAAGCUGUUCACUACUCUCUCCUCAGGAUACAGCUCUGUGAAAUUCAUUCGGAAACUUGAUACAACAAAGGCUUUGUUAAAGAAUCAUAGCCCAAGCGAGUUUCAGUUCUUGAACCCAAAAAGUAGAAACCCGAGCUCAGAUAUGGGACAAUGUAGGACAAUUUACUAUAAGAUGCUUUCGCAGAUUUUGUUUUCAGAAGACAAUGUGGAUGCAGACUUUUGGCGGUUUGUUAAGCCUUGGGAGACGAUUCUGGAUCAGAUACUAGUCGCAUUUGAAGGAGGAGGAGGCUUAAAUGAAGAGGAUAUUCAACUGACUCUCCUAGGUGUUUUUAAAGAUUUACGUGGGUUCGUGACAAGCAUCAGCAAUAGGAAACAGUUCAAUCUAUUCCACGAAUGGUUUUUUGCCGCUUACAGCCCCAUUGCCUUACGUGCAAUUGAGAUUUGGCCACAAAGUGAGCUUGCGAUUACCGUCUUGAGGUUCUGGCAGGAGUUUGCGACUAACAAGAGCAGCCGAGUUACUUUUGACAGCAGCAGUGCGGAUGGCAUCCUCCUCUUCCGCGAGACAAGUAAUAUUUUGCAAACGUUAGGCCAAAAUCUGCUGGUGCGACCCCUUUUAAAUGGGGACAAUCGUUGGUUGAACAAAUAUAAAGGAACCAUACUCUUCUUUAAUAUCAUGUUUGUGUCUCUGUCUGGAAAGUAUGCCAAUUUUGGCGUGUUCAAGCUUUAUGGAGACAAAGCACUGGAUCGUGUCCUCGAAUUAUUUUUUCAGCUGAUAACUGCUAUACCUAUCGAUGAUAUGAUUUCCUAUCCAAAGCUUGCCCUUGCCUACUUUAACGCUGUAAACGUGUUCGCAACAGACCACAUGGCUGGAUUACCAAUGAUGCCCCAUGCAGUGUUGUCCUAUAUCUUCCAAACUAUGGGCGAAGCUAUACCUCUACACUCAACUGAUGCCACUUGCUCGACAUUAGCCUGCUCUGCGACCGAUAAGAUCUGCACCUUCGUGUUUAAUUGGCUUUACAGGGACAAGAUUCGUAGGCAUAGUGGUACUGAUGCAGAGAAAAUUCAAGGCUCAUCUUUAAAUAGAGAUGGUUUAGUGAACAAUGUCAGUCAGCAAAAUGAAGGACAUGUAGUAAGCUUGUCCAACGAUAGCCGUCGGUACCAGCAGCAGAGCUCACAUUGGUUGGUGGAGUAUGUGCAUACUAACAAGAGCAUGCUCAGCUAUAUUUUUAUGGUGCUCUUUCAAGCCGUGGCUUUCGAAAGUCGCGGGAAUCAUUGGAGUCUAAGUCGACCUUUGCUGGGACUCAUCCUUCUGAACAGAGAGUUCUAUGCAGAAUACACAGUGCGAUUUGUAAGAAUGCAGUUACUAGAUCGGCAGGAGCUGCUCCAAAAAGCAAUCGAUGGCCUAAUGGAGGGCAUUGAGAAUAACUUGACUACUGCCAACCGCGACAAGUUUACAACAAACGUAACAGCUUUUAGACGUGAAUGUAACCAGAUGACUCUAAUAGCGAUUAAUCCUGACGAUAUUGGACAAUUAUUGUAAUAAACAAAUAAAAUGAUACAGUAGGACAGUAGGAG